AGUGAUCAUGACCAUAGUACACAUGACCAUAGUGAUCAUGACCAUAGUACACAUGACCAUAGUGAUCAUGACCACAGUGAUCAUGACCAUAGUGAUCAUGACCAAAGUGAACAUGACAGCCCCUACAAUCAUGUACAGACUGGCACAGACAUUCCUCUCAUCGACCAGGAACAGGUACCCUCUGUCCGCUCGGGUCCACCCCCACUCCCUCAGGUGACCUCUCCUGCCCCAAUAGAAAGCAGGACAAAGAAACCCAGAAAUUCAGCGCGGGUACGAGGACAGCGUGGGCGAAACAAAACCACUUCUCUCAUAUCUCCAUCUGACGAUCAUGACCACAAACAUGGACACGGACACAGUCAAUCUCAUAAACAUAGAAGAGAAGCACCAGGAGGGCUCGCCACCCCCACUAUGCCAUUCCCUGUCCUGCCUGGGCAUCCAGGUGGAUUUUUACAUCAACAUGAGGAGUGUUUGAACCUGACGGAGCUCCUCACCUAUUAUGGCUUGAAUCCUGAAUCACUAAUCUCCCCCAGCCAGUUCACCUACCUGUGUCCUGCCCUGCUCUACCAGAUUGAUAGCCGCGUUUGCAUCCGCCAUUACCACCAGAUGGAUGUCGAGCAGGAAGCCUUGGAGAACGUCCCUUCUGUGUGGGUCUGGGUCUGGGGCUUCGUGUCCAUCACCAUCAUCAGCCUGCUGUCUCUGCUGGGUGUGGUGCUCGUGCCCAUUAUCAACCAAGGCUGCUUUAAAUUCCUGCUCACCUUCCUGGUGGCGCUGGCAGUGGGCACACUCAGUGGCGACGCUCUCCUUCACCUGCUUCCCCAUUCUCAAGGGCAACACGACCACAGCCAGCCUCGGACGAGCCACAAGACUGAUCUGGUCACAGAAUUCGAUGGAGUGUGGAAGGGGCUAACAGCGCUAGCAGGCAUCUACCUCCUCUUCAUCAUUGAACACUGUAUCGGAAUGUUUAAGCUCUACAAAGACCAAGGGGGCAUGAAGAAGUCAAGCGAGGAGGGAAAGAUUGGCAGGAAGUUGUCAGACCACAAGCUAAAUCGGCGCUCGGAUGCAGAGUGGCUGCACCUGAAGCCGCUCAGUGAAGACCCCGACAGCACGGCCAUCUCAUGUGACAAUGGGUACAAUGACACACAGCUCACAGAGUUCCAACCCCCCGACUCUCCCACUAACAAGACGCCGCUGGCAUCCGCACUCCCCCAACAAGACCAGCACUCACCCAGCAAGGAGGAGGGACAUAAGGCCAAGCAGCACAGACAUGGCCACGGCCACUCUCAUGGGGGGAACUGCCACUCAGACCAGGAGAUGAAGGACGCUGGUAUAGCCAGCAUCGCCUGGAUGGUCAUAAUGGGCGAUGGCAUGCAUAACUUCAGCGACGGCCUGGCAAUAGGUGCAGCGUUCAGUGCAAACCUGACAGGAGGCAUCAGCACAUCAGUGGCGGUUUUCUGUCAUGAAUUACCUCAUGAACUUGGUGACUUUGCGGUGCUGCUGAAAGCCGGGAUGUCAGUAAAGCAGGCCAUCGUCUACAAUCUGCUGUCCGCCCUCAUGGCCUACGUUGGCAUGAUGAUUGGCACCGUCGUGGGCCAGUACACACACAAUGUCACCAACUGGAUCUUCGCCAUCACAGCCGGCAUGUUCCUUUAUGUGGCUCUGGUGGAUAUGCUGCCAGAGAUGCUCCACGGGGACAGUGAGGAACACAAGCGCUGCCAGCUGGGACACUUUGUGCUGCAGAACCUGGGCAUGCUGACUGGGUUCGGCAUCAUGCUGCUCAUCGCCAUCUUCGAAGACCAAAUCGUUUUCGACUUUGGCUUCUUGUAGAGUAGAGAGCGAGGGGAGGGCAAGAUGUUUCACUGUUGCCCCUCUUGGCCUUCACAUGCUUUGUUUGCAACGUAGCUGCCCAGUCUUGCAUGCAGCAUGAGUCUCGUUCAUGGACCAUGCCUCCAUUCCAGCGGUAGGUUACGCUCAUCUCAUGACUCAGCUUAGUGAUGUUUACAUUCUGCUCCACAGUCACUGUCAGCUCCGAUCUGUCUGCUCCCUGUGCGGCAAAAAGAAAAAAAGGACAGAAUGAAAGAAGGGCGAAGCUUCACUCCGACCAGGAAACUCCAUCUUUAAAAAAACAAUCAAAUCCAGGUGGUGCAGGACCCGUGUUCCUGUCACGGCCCGGUAGCUAGCCGCCUGUCCAUCAUCACCUGUUGCUUGUUGUCGUCCUAGUCGUCUCUCAUUCAUCCUGUGCUGUGUCCUAUGUCCUCAUACAUCUGUGGUGUGUGUCCCUCUCAUCAUUCCCAACGGUUGAUGUCAUCACACCACGUGCCAAGCCCUGGCCACUGGAGCAGCAGAGUCGAGGAGCUCGGCUUAGCUUGCCGCCACAUCUGGAACAAACCAUUUAGUUCUUACCCAUUUUCAGCUGCAGCAUCAACAUAGAGACGUGAAUGAUCCUACAGACAGUGUUAUUUUUCUCUUCCAACUUUCUCCAUGUUUUCCUUAUGAAUAACGUUUAAUUGUCUAAUUAGAUAUUUUGGGGAUUAUUAAACCUUUGUGUUGUAUAGUUGAACUAACAGCUGCCAAAGCUUUAAUAAAUUAGUGUUGACAGAUAUAUUUUGUUUAGUUCUGACAAUCUAGCUAGAGGAGACAUAUCAUCGUUAGAACUUUAUAUUUUAUCUUUCCAUAGAAGAAUCAGCUGAUUCAGGAUGUGAAGAACUAUUCAUUCUGAUCAUCAGAUAGUGGCAUAGUUUACUUGAUUUACUUUGGGCAACAAACACUUAAUCACAGCCAGAGGUGGAGUUGUCACACUACUGCUGGACUUGAUGACGUACUGUAAGCACAUGGGGUCUUUCAUCGUGUCUGUAGCCGAGCAGCUAAAAGCAAAAGCUCUGUUCUUGCUUUGAAAGUUUUUUCGUGACAAUCAGACGGAGCGGGAAAAGAAACCCUUGUCACAGUGGAACAACAAACGGUGCUUUCAAAUGAGCAUUCCCUGCACUUGUGUCAAACCACAGGAGAAAGGAUUAUUACAGUUUUUAUUAUUAUUUGUAUGAGCAUUCCUCGUGGAUACAUUGAAGUGUCAAACUGGCCCGAAUGUGGGGUUUCAGUGGCCUGUGCUUGACACCCCCCCCCCCACAUGCUUCCUCACCCUGACAUUCCAUUGGUUGUACUAGUGGCUCACAUGCUAAGCUAGCUAGCCUAGCUCCAGCUUUGGCCGGAGCACACAGAUAAUGUUUGUGUGUCUUUACAUUUGCACUGUCACUGUGUGACAUCCAUCAUCUGUCUUUAACUGGCUGUAAAUCAUUGUCGGUCAUUGUCGUCGCUCUGAUUGAACCAUGCAUGAAGCAUGAGUGAAACGGUACAGACAUCGUGUUGAGUGUAAAACUUCUAUUUUUAUUUUUCAUUUGUUCUGCAA